AUGUCUGCGUACGAUCACGGCAGAGUUGCUCAUUUCAUAGGGGGGAAUUCACUGGACAAGGCCCCAGCAGGCAAAGUGCAGGAUUUCGUCAAAACGAAUGGUGGACAUACAGUCAUAACCAAGGUUCUCAUCGCAAACAACGGUAUCGCCGCCGUCAAAGAGAUCAGAUCAAUCCGACAAUGGAGUUACGAGACAUUCGGCGAGGAGAGGGCCAUAGAAUUCACGGUGAUGGCGACUCCCGAAGAUCUCAAGGUCAACGCCGAGUAUAUUCGCAUGGCCGAUCGAUACAUCGAGGUUCCAGGCGGAACGAACAAUCACAACUACGCGAAUGUCGACUUGAUCGUCGAUGUAGCUGAGCGCGCCGGGGUACACGCAGUAUGGGCCGGUUGGGGCCACGCAUCAGAGAAUCCCCGUCUCCCUGAGAGUCUCGCAGCAAGUAAGCAUAAGAUUGUCUUCAUCGGCCCACCUGGAAGCGCCAUGAGAAGUUUGGGUGACAAGAUCUCGAGUACGAUUGUUGCCCAAAGUGCAGAUGUACCAACAAUGCCAUGGUCGGGCACAGGAAUCUCUGAUACGAUAUUAUCGCCCCAGGGGUUCGUCACUGUUCCCGAGAAGGCCUAUAUGGACGCGUGUGUCACGACCGUCGAGGAAGGUCUGAUCAAGGCGGAUACAAUUGGUUACCCAGUCAUGAUCAAAGCUAGCGAAGGUGGUGGAGGAAAAGGUAUCCGCAUGGUCGAUCGCCCCGAAGCAUUCAAAAACGCGUUCCAUGCCGUUGCAGGAGAGAUUCCAGGUUCGCCCAUCUUCAUCAUGAAGCUAGCUGGGAAGGCAAGACAUUUGGAGGUCCAGCUUUUGGCUGAUCAAUACGGAAACGCCAUUUCCCUAUUCGGACGCGAUUGCUCCGUGCAAAGACGGCACCAGAAGAUUAUCGAGGAGGCUCCCGUGACGAUUGCCAAAGAAGACACGUUCGAAGAGAUGGAACGCGCCGCUGUACGAUUGGCGAAACUUGUUGGUUAUGUUAGCGCCGGAACUGUUGAAUAUCUCUACAGUCACGCCGAUGAUUACUUCUACUUCCUCGAAUUGAACCCUCGUCUUCAAGUCGAGCAUCCGACUACCGAGAUGGUAUCCGGUGUCAAUCUCCCGGCCGCACAAUUGCAAGUCGCUAUGGGUGUUCCACUGCACCGCAUUCGUGAUAUCCGACAACUUUACGGCGUCGGCCCUCACGGCACGUCCGAAAUCGACUUCGAUAUGACAACUCCAGAGGCCAAUUCACUGCAGCGUAAGCCUCGCCCCAAAGGACAUGUUGUAGCCGUCCGUAUCACUGCUGAAAAUCCCGAUGCCGGGUUCAAGCCUUCUUCCGGGUCGAUCCAAGAGCUCAACUUCCGCUCUAGCACAAACGUUUGGGGUUACUUCUCCGUUACCACCGCAGGAGGAUUGCACGAAUUUGCUGAUUCACAGUUCGGUCACAUCUUCGCAUAUGGUGAAGACCGUUCGGAAAGUCGCAAGAAUAUGAUCGUCGCCCUAAAAGAGCUUAGCAUUCGUGGUGACUUCCGGACUACUGUCGAGUAUCUUAUCAAGCUCCUCGAAUUGGAAGCCUUCAAGAACAACACCAUCACCACCGGAUGGCUCGACUCUUUGAUCAGCAGCAAGCUUACGGCUGAACGCCCUGAUGCCACUUUGGCGGUUAUUUGUGGCGCCGUCACAAAGGCCUACCUUAGCUCGGAAGCCUGCUGGACCGAAUACAAGCGCAUUCUCGACAAGGGACAAGUCCCUGCGCGCGAUGUCCUCAAGACUGUUUUCAGUAUCGACUUCAUCUACGAAAACUUCCGAUACAACUUCACCGCUGCUCGCUCGGCUCUGACCACCUGGACGCUCUUCCUUAACGGUGGCCGCACUAUGGUUGGCGCUCGUCCCCUUGCUGAUGGUGGGCUUUUGGUCCUCCUCGACGGCAAGAGUCACGCUGUAUACUGGCGCGAGGAAGUCGGUGCUCUCAGAUUAAUGGUCGAUGCAAAGACUUGCCUAAUCGAGCAAGAGAACGAUCCUACUCAGCUCAGGAGUCCCAGUCCUGGUAAACUAGUCAGGUAUCUCGUUGACAGUGGAGAUCAUGUCAACGCUGGUGACCAGUACGCCGAGAUAGAAGUUAUGAAGAUGUACAUGCCUCUUGUCGCAUCAGAAGAUGGUACCGUUCAGCUCGUUAAGCAGCCCGGAGUCAGUCUUGAGCCUGGUGACAUUCUUGGUAUAUUGACACUCGAUGACCCCGGUCGUGUCAAACACGCUAAGCCAUUCGAGGGCCUCCUUCCAGCGUUGGGUCUCCCGGCUGUCGUUGGUGGAAAGCCGCACCAGCGUCUUUACCACAGCAUCGGCAUUCUUAACGACAUUCUAGAUGGCUUCGACAACCAGUCCAUCAUGAACUCUACUCUGAAGGAACUCCUCGAGGUCCUCCACGAUCCCGAACUUCCGUAUUCCGAGGUCAGCGCCAUCCUGGGUGCACUUUCGGGGCGUAUGCCCUCCAAGCUUGAAGACAGCAUCCGGGCUGCUCUGGACGCUGCUAAGUCGAAGAGCGGUGGACACAACGAGUUCCCUCAUAACCGAUUGAAGAGAAUCCUCGAACACUACGUUCAGGACAACGUCCUUCCUCAGGAUCGCGCUAUGUUCCGUUCGAAACUUGAGGCCUUCUUCGACGUUCUGGAACGCUACUCUGGUGGGCUGAAGGGCCACGAGCUUGCUACCAUCGCCAACUUGCUCGAACGUUACGAGUCGACGGAAAAGCUGUUUGGCGGCAGUAUUGAAGCCCGAGUCCUCGCGCUCCGUGAGGCAAACAAGGAUGAUCUCGACAAAGUCGUUGGCUUGGUCUUGAGCCACAUCAAAGCACAGAGCAAGGCUAAGCUGGUCCUCGCUCUUCUUGAUUGCAUCAAGUCUACCGGUUUGAAUGUUGCCAACACCGAGAGCAGACUUUACCAGGUUUUGCAGAAUCUAGCAGCCCUUGAAGCAAAAUCGUCAACGCAAGUCUCUUUGAAGGCUCGGGAAGUUCUUAUUCUAGGACAAAUGCCUUCAUACGAGGAGCGCCUACUUCAGAUGGAGACUAUCAUCAAGACCGCAGUUUCCAAUAACGUCUACGGCGAGCAGGAAACUGGCUCUCGCACACCGUCUGCUGAGAUACUCAAAGAACUAAGUGACUCGCGCUACACCGUGUUCGACGUUCUUCCCGCUUUCUUCAGCCAUGAAGACCCCUUGGUUACACUUGCCGCAUUGGAAGUCUACGUCCGCCGCUCCUAUCGUGCCUACUCGCUCCUGUCCAUUGACUACGAAGAGGGCGAUCCAGAGGAUGCCGAAGCUCCAUCCGUUGUGACAUGGCGCUUCAACCUAGGCCAAAGCCACUCCCCUCCUUCGACACCUCGUUUGGCGUUAGGAGAAAAUCGCCGAUCAGGCUCCGUCAGUGAUCUCACAUACUUGAUCAGUCGCAGCUACUCGCAGCCCGUCCGCACUGGUGCCAUCGCGUCGUUCGAUAACUUGGACGAUCUAUCGGGCGGCUUUGAUAGAGUUGUCUCCACGCUUCCACCGUUCGACUAUGCCGAAUUCCAACAACGCUACGGCGCCAACAGCCAAGCACCAAACGUCAUCAAUAUCGCCCUUCGUGUGUUCAACGAAGAAGAUGACAUGUCCGAUGAUGAAUGGUUCAAGGCCAUUAUUGCCUUCGUCAAUAGCAAGUCUUCGACUCUGGCCACCCACGGUGUCCGACGUAUCACCACCUUUGUUUGCCGCAGGAGUCAGUACCCUGUCUACAUCACACUGCGCGAGAUCGACGGUGCAUGGGGAGAAGAGCAGGCCAUCCGUAACAUCGAGCCUGCCCUCGCCUACCAACUCGAACUCAGUCGCUUGUCAAACUACAACCUCACGCCCUGCUUCGUCGAGACAAAACAAGUACACGUCUACCAUGCCGUGGCGAGGGAAAACCAACUCGACAAUCGUUUCUUCAUCCGUGCUCUCGUUCGACCUGGACGCAUUCGCGGUUCCAUGAGCAUGGCCGAAUACCUCAUCUCUGAAACUGAUCGUUUGGUUACUGGCGUUCUGGAUGCCCUGGAAGUCGUCAGCGCACAGCACAGGAAUGCUGACUGCAACCACAUCUUUAUGAACUUCGUCUACAACCUUCCUGUGACGUAUGACGAUGUCCUGGCUGCUAUUUCUGGUUUCAUCGAGCGCCACGGUAAACGCCUAUGGCGUCUCCACGUUACUGGUUCCGAAAUCCGCAUCGCAUUGGAAGAUAGCGAAGGAAACGUCACUCCCAUCCGUUGCAUCAUCGAGAACGUCUCUGGCUUUAUCGUCAACUACCACGGUUAUCAGGAAAUCACCACCGAUAAAGGAACUACCAUUCUCAAGUCCAUCGGCGAGAAGGGACCGCUGCACUUGCAACCAGUCCACCAAGCCUAUCCUACGAAGGAAUCCCUCCAACCGAAACGUUACCAGGCCCAUCUCAUCGGGACCACUUACGUCUAUGACUUCCCCGACCUCUUCUCGAAAGCGCUGCAAAACGUAUGGGUGAAAGCUCGCCAGACGAGCUCGUCGUUAGUGCCUCCAAAGAAGUACCUGGAUUCCAAGGAACUGGUCUUGGACGAGCAUGAUCAACUCGCUGAAGUCGACAGAGCACCAGGCAACAACACCUUCGGUAUGGUUGCAUGGGUAUUUACGCUACGAACCCCCGAAUUCCCUGAAGGUCGCAAGGUCGUCGUCAUCGCCAACGACAUCACCUAUAAGAUUGGUUCCUUCGGCCCCAUCGAAGAUCAGUUCUUCUAUCUGGUGACUCUAUACGCUCGCAACCUUGGUCUGCCGAGGAUCUAUCUAUCUGCGAAUUCCGGUGCUCGCAUUGGGUUAGCUGAUGAGAUCAUGAACCUCUUCUCGUGUGCGUGGAACACGCCAGAUCAACCAGAAAAGGGCGUCAACUACUUGUAUCUUACGCAUGAGAACUAUCUCAAGCUCCAGGAGAAGGGUGCUGGUGCAGUCCGCACCGUCGAGGUCGAAGAAGACGGCGAACGCCGCCACAAGGUCACCGACAUCAUCGGCCUGCAGGACGGCCUUGGUGUUGAAUCAUUGAAAGGAUCGGGCCUGAUUGCUGGCGAAACAUCUCGCGCUUACGACGAUAUCUUCACGAUCACCCUCGUUACUGCUCGCUCUGUGGGUAUCGGCGCCUACCUCGUGCGCCUCGGAGAACGUGCCGUGCAAGUGGAAGGCCAGCCUAUCAUCCUGACCGGAGCACCCGCGCUCAACAAAGUCCUCGGUCGCGAGGUCUACACGUCAAACUUGCAGCUCGGAGGUACCCAGAUCAUGUUCAAGAACGGUGUGUCUCACCUUACCGCCAGCAGCGACCUUUCGGGUGCAACCCAGAUACUCGAAUGGUUAUCUUAUGUUCCGGAGUUCAAAGGUGCUCCUCUUCCUAUCAUCGACUCCGUUGACCCGUGGGAUCGCGACAUCGGUUACACGCCGCCCAAGGGGGCUUACGAUCCGAGAUGGUUCAUCGAGGGUAAAGAAGACGAGACGUCCUCCGAAUGGCUCAGUGGUUUCUUCGACAAGGGCUCAUUCCAAGAGACGCUCAGUGGGUGGGCGCAGACCGUGGUUGUUGGACGUGCCCGACUCGGCGGCGUUCCGACGGGUGUCAUUGCCGUGGAGACUCGUACUAUCGAGCGUAUCGUUCCCGCUGAUCCCGCCAACCCGGCGUCGUUCGAACAACGAAUCAUGGAGGCCGGUCAAGUCUGGUAUCCCAACUCCGCCUACAAGACGGCCCAAGCCAUCUUCGACUUCAACCGCGAAGGCCUGCCUUUGAUAAUCUUCGCCAACUGGCGUGGCUUCUCCGGAGGACAGCAGGACAUGUACGACGAGAUCCUGAAGCAAGGGUCGAAGAUCGUCGACGGUCUGUCCAGCUACAAGCAGCCCGUGUUCGUGUACAUCGUGCCGAAUGGCGAACUGCGUGGUGGUGCUUGGGUCGUCUUGGACCCGUCCAUCAACACCGAUCAGAUGGAGAUGUACGCGGACGUCGACGCUCGUGCGGGUGUUCUUGAACCAGAGGGUGUCGUCGAGAUCAAGAUGCGUCGCGACAAGAUUCUGGCAUUGAUGGAGCGUCUUGACCCCGAGUACGCCUCGCACAAGCGCGACAGCAAAGACCCAGCUAAGAGCGAUGAAGAGCGCUCGACGGCGUCGGCUGCCCUCAAAGCACGGGAGACCUUCCUCCAACCAACUUACAAGCAAGUUGCGCUCUUAUACGCUGAUCUGCAUGAUCGCGUUGGACGUAUGGAGGCUAAAGGAUGCGCUAAGCCCGCGCAAUGGAAGAACGCUCGCCGCUACUUCUACUGGAGGCUUCGUGCUCGGAUCGCUCGUUCUCGUGCCCUCAGUCUCCUCGCUGAGGCCAGUCCUGAUUCGACUCCUGCUUACCGUUCGCGCCUAUUGGACAACAUCCUUUCCAUGGACGUCGAGUCGACGGACCAAGAGGUCGCCGAGUCCAUUGAGCAACUUGAUCUAUCGAAGACUCUUGUGCAGCUCAAGGCGGACGAUCUCAUUCGAAAGCUUGCUGCUCUUGCUGCUGAAGACCGUAAAGCGACGAUGGACGGCUUGACGCGGUUGGCGAACGAGUUGACUGACGACGAUCGUGCCACUCUCAUCAAUGUUCUGCAAGCCCCUAGGUCUCCUGGUCCCCCAUCGUACGGGACGUCGUAG